UAUAGUCAGAUCUGGCAACCCUGGCUUAUUGCGUCUUUACGGUUAGCAAAGCAGAAUAGUUUUGUAUAGUUGUGAAAUAUUUACUUAAUUUGAUGCCUUACUACAAUCACAGGUUUACUUUACAGUUUUAUCCAAAUCAUCCCGAGUUAGCUGAAGUUUGGCGAAGCUGGGUGAAACUCAGAAAGAGAUUAACAACCAGAAUAAACCACACGUGCUGGUACGUACACACACUUAUAUUUAAAUACGGAUGUAUGUUAAUAUUUAAUGAAUUUCGGUCUCCUAAAUUUGACCAAUGUCAUUUGGGCCACAAGUGUUCAGCAGCACAUCUGCAAUAAAUAACAUUGUGAUGCACAGUGACACCUGUCUUUAGAAUAAAGUUAGUACGUAUUAUCAUCAAUAACAUUGAGAUUGUAAAAUAAUACUAAAUAAUUUGAAUCUUAUGUGAAUUAUUUCUUGUAACCAAAUGUGGGAAAAGUGUAAAAAUGUCCUUCCCAUCCCAUCACCUCAGUUCCCUUCCCUAAUCAUUUAUUUAUUAGUUUGUUGUCAAUGUUCUAGUUUCACAAGCCAUUCUACCAAUGAUGUCCUCUGGAAUCAUCUGGAUUCCUGUCGGAGUCCUCCUCAUAUUUAUCUUGGAGCCUGUUCUGGCUGGAAUAUCAAAACCUGUCAUGGUGAAUCUGAGGGACGCCACCGUUCUCAGUUGUAACUCAACAUGUAACAGAGAACUCUUAUGGACAUUUAAACCCAACAGUGAAAAUCUGCAGGUGUUAAAAUGUGUCCAAGGUUACUGUACAGAGGGAGACGGCUUUAAGAGAAGAGCAAAGAUUAAGCAUGGCACAUCUCUCACCUUACAUCCUACCCUGUACAAUGAUGAAGGCUGGUAUGAGGCACGCUGUGAUUCAGAGAUUCUCUGUACUGUCCACUUGGAUGUUCUGGUACCCACUACUGUGAAUGCCUCAGUCCAACACAACGUCACAUUACCCUGCUAUGCACGUACAGAGAAACAAAUGGCUGAUGAUGCCAUGAAGAUUCUCUGGAAAAAGGACGGCGAACCGUUUUUAGAAGUCAAAAACGGACAUACAAGCUAUGGUUCGGGUUUUACACAGAGGGCCUCGGUUUCAUUGAAUCAUUACAGGGAUGGAGAUCUGUCUCUUUCUAUAUCCAUGGUCACUCCAUCAGACAGUGGAUUAUACCAGUGCUAUUACGAAACGGAGGAACCGGGGCAUCCCGGUGCUGUCACGCUCACUGUUACAGCUCAUCGAAGCACCACUGAAAGACAGGUGGGUGAUAAUCUGACACUUGAUGUGAUCAACUCGGAGCGGGUCACAGUAACUUUCACCAAUUCUCAGGGCGUUGGCAUGCUUGUCUGCAGUGUUGAGGGAAGAACCUCCACAUGUGACCCUAAAUAUAAACACAGAGUGUUUGUCGUAAAUGCCUCUCUUGUGCUGAGUGGUUUGACAUCCGCCGAUAGUGGAACAUUUACUGUGAAAGACAACGUGGGAAAUAUCAUGAGUGUCUGCACUGUAACAGUGAAGGAUGUGGCCCAGAUAUAUUCGGGGAUCGCUGUGCUCACGAUGAUUCUUGUACCUAUGUUUUUUGUUGCUCUUGCUGGCAUUGGCCUCAUCCUUUGGUAUAAAUGUUAUAGAAAGCCACAACAGCAGCAAAGAAAUGGGCAAUUUAACAGUCAACAGUCUACUGUGGAAAUAGAAACAAAACCAUUAAGAGAGCCUGCAAACAUUGGAUUGUCACAGGAAGAAACAGGCCAUGAUAUUCAAGAGCAACCUGACAUCCCCCACACACCUGUGGAGGAGACCUGUCCUGAGAUUGUGAUGCCUACUGAAAAGCAGGACACUUUCUUCUUAGAAUAGAUGGGAUUAACCAAUCUACUUUUCUCGGUGGAGGAACAUAUUAAGGGGACAUGUUUCACACUUAAAAACACUUUAAGGGAAAUGCCAAACUACUUGCUUGGUGGCAAUAAUGGAGAGAGAACUGGAUGUGAACAACCUAUGAAAUGUGAACAUGAAAAUACGUGUUUAUUUUAGCUCAACAUAACUACAUUUUUUAUGAGAAGUUGACUGAUCUGUGUCGUCUUGAAAUCACAGUCAGCAUUGUAAAUCUAGUUAAAUCCCAGGUAAAUUAAGUAAACUUGCCCCAAACUUUAAGCAUUAUACCCUCGUUUUCACUUUUGCACUUUUCAUGUGCUUUUCCUUUAUUUUAUUUAAGAAAUAAUUUAAAUAUUUAAUUUAACAGUGUUUUGUCGAUUUUGAACAGGGCAAUGAAAUAUGACCAUGUCACCCCGGUUUUAGUCUCGCUCCAUUGGCUUCAUGGUUCAUAAUAGGAUCCACUUUAAGAUUCUGAUGUUUGUUUUUGAGCUGCUAAUGAUCAGGCAUUAUCCCCAAAUUCUUCUUACUCCACAUGCAUCUUUUAAGACUUUUAAGAUCGUCUGACAAGGUUCUUUUUUAUGUACCCCAUUCCCUUUAAAAAAUCUAAAAACUUUUGUUGCUUUCGUCUGUGGAAUCAGUUGCAACUGGACAUCCGCCUUGCACCUUGAAAAUAGCUUUUUAAAAAGAAUAUUUUUCAUUAUUUGCACUUGUUUCUCAUUAUUAUUAUUGUGUUGUAUUUAUUUUUGUCUUUAUUUCUUUUUAUCCUUUUAAUUGAAUUCCUGUUGUCUGCUCUUUCUUCUGCUGUGUCUGCACUUCUGCAUUGGAAGAUCUUGUUACCAUGAUCAAUUCCUUGUGUGUGUAAACACACUUUGCAAAAAAGCUAUUUCUGAUUCUGUUUCUGAUUUUUUAUUGUCUGUUUUUUGUGGAUUUUCCUUACUCCCAUCAGCACUUUGGUUAGUUUUGCUAACUUAGUCCUUUUCUUACUUGAUCCUUGCAAGUUGUCACUAACCACUUUCAAGUUGUUUUAAACAUCAGUGUUACAAAUGAUAGCUGCUUUUAUAAAAAUCGUUGCAAUAGAACAAUACUUACGUACAAUGCACUUGCGAUUACAUUCACAUUGUUUUCAUCAUCUCUUUCAAUGGACAUACAAUUAUAAAGUAAUAUUUGAGAUAAACACCAUAUGCGAGAUUAAUAAGAGAUUAUUACAGUAAAAUUUUGUGUUGUUUUACCAACUUUUCUUUAUCAAUGUCUCUAAUUUCAAAUAUUUGUAGACCUAUGAAUCACAGCCUCUUUGUUAGUUUUACAGUUUAGUUUUACUAUAGUUAAAUGUUAAAAAAUCCAACGUUAUGAGUUUCAUUGGACACGAGCCUGGCCCAAAGAAAACUUCUAGUCUGUGUUUGGUUAUCGGUCUGGCUAAAAUGGCUGGUAAUAUAACAAUUUAUUAUAUAUUUAGUUGUGUAUUGUAUUAAAUUCAAAGUACACAUCAGUUAUUUCUUUGCAGAGGUCUACUGGAAUUUAUGUUUGGGUAGCAUAACGUUUGUUUAUGUUGUUGCUGCUAAAACCAUCAUUAAUAUGUUUAUCUUAAAUGCACUGUAGUUGCUUUAAGUUGCUUUAAAGGGUGUAUAACAAGUGUAACUGUUCAUUUUCAUUUCCUACAAUGAGAAUGCAAAUUUGGUUCAAGAGAAGCACAAAGAAUGGCCAUAGUUAUGAAUGUGCUGUCAUGACAUUGACCGUGACUGUGCAGGUUACAGUGAACACGAUGAUGUCAUAGACUUACAGUUCAACCAAGCAAGCCCAAAUUUUGCCAACUUAAUCCUGUGGUACACUUAAAAAUACUGAAAUAACAAAAACAUAACAAUUAGUACAACAACUGUGUCCUAAUAAAUGCCUUACUGAUAAACACAUCUGGAUUAGUACUGGCCUGUCAUUGGCUGAACAAGAUCACACAACUCCAUAAAGAGAUUUUGAGAUGCAGAUGAGAAGAGAUCACUACUGCUGUGAAGACUGAGGCUAGAAAGGUGGGUUCCAGCAACAUUU